AUGUUCUCAUUGAAUUCUUUAAAUACCCAAAACCAGAUUUUAGUUAGUUUUAGCCAAUUAUCUUCAAGAUAUUCAAGUGUUUUCCGUCAUCGUAAGCAAAACAGUGGGAAAAGUAAAAAUGUGAGGGGGAAAGAGAGCUCGGCAGCAGUGUAUGACGCAAUAAUUUGUAAAGAAAGUCUUGAAGAAACUAUCAGGAACUUUGAUAAGAAUGUCUUAAGUGAGAUGAGAAGCAUAGAGCUUCGUACCCUCGCGAGCAAGGCGUGUCGUCCGCGUCUCCGCGAGCUAGCGUCCUCGCGCAAGGUGUCCCAUGUCUCCGCAGACACCUUCGACCAGAACAAGAAUGGCUGGUCACAGCUACCCACCGUCACUGUGCAUCUCUCUAGGAAGAAUACCAGGUUCAGCUUCACAGACAACUUCGUGGGUCUCCUGGCGCGUGGCAUGGAAGGUCCCACCUUCCAGUACGCGGUGCAGGUGCGCGGGUUCAAGACCGAGCGCGCCAUACACGCAGACCUGAAGCGGAACCCCAAUAUUAUUAGUAGAUUGCGUCUAGGCACGCAGGACCCCAUAGACAAGCAGCCCCCCAACCCGGAGGUGGCCCCCAGACUAGAGAAGUUACUAAAUGAAGACUCCGCACACCUCACUCAUCAACAGAAGGAUAAGAUCAAGAUUGCUUUCGCUGAGGGGUAUCUAGCAGGUUCCCACCCAGAUAACGUGCGCGGUACGAAGGCGUCAAAAUAUCUGAAGUUAGUUCAACAACUGCUGACCAUCGUGCUGUUCCUCGCUAUAUUCGUCAGUCUCAUGGCGUCCGUCAGUGGCACGGUCUUCCGGAUCCAGUUGGGCAACCAAGUGGAGGUGGACCCUGAGGACAUCUCCGUCACAUUCGACGAUGUCAAGGGAGCUGACGAGGCUAAACAGGAGCUUAAGGAUGUUGUGGAAUUUCUAAAGUCUCCGGAGAAAUUCUCGACGCUCGGUGGGAAGUUGCCCAAGGGUGUAUUGUUGGUGGGUCCCCCGGGGACGGGCAAGACAUUGCUGGCGCGGGCCGUGGCCGGCGAGGCGCGGGUUCCGUUCUUCCACGCGGCCGGACCGGAGUUCGACGAAAUACUCGUCGGCCAGGGCGCUAGGAGGGUGCGGGAUCUGUUCAAGGCGGCGAAGGAGCGCGCUCCGUGCGUGAUAUUCAUCGACGAGAUAGACUCCGUCGGAGCCAAACGGACCAACAGCGUGCUACAUCCUUAUGCCAAUCAGACAAUAAACCAGUUACUAUCAGAGAUGGACGGCUUCCACCAGAACGAGGGCGUCAUCGUACUCGGCGCCACCAACAGACGAGACGACCUCGACCAGGCACUGCUCAGACCUGGACGGUUCGAUGUCGAGGUGACGGUCCCGACGCCGGACUACGGCGGGCGGCGCGAGAUCCUGGAGCUGUACCUCGCGCGGGUGCGCGCGCACCAGGACGUCGACCCCGACGUACUCGCGCGGGGCACCACCGGCUUCACCGGCGCGGACCUCGAGAACAUGGUCAACCAGGCCGCGCUCAAGGCAGCGAUAGACGGUGCAAAGACAGUGUCAAUGAAAUACCUUGAGGACGCCCGGGACAAGGUGCUGAUGGGCCCGGAGAGAAGAUCCAGACUGCCUGAUGAGGAAGCUAACACCAUCACUGCCUACCACGAGGGUGGACAUGCUAUUGUCGCGUAUUUCACUAAGGACUCUCACCCGCUGCACAAGGUGACCAUCAUCCCGCGCGGCCCGUCCCUCGGACACACGGCCUACAUACCCGCCAAGGAGAGAUACCACGUAACCAAACAGCAGCUCCUAGCGAUGAUGGACACCAUGAUGGGGGGCCGCGCCGCCGAGGAACUUGUCUUCGGACCUGAGAAGAUCACCUCCGGAGCGUCAUCAGACCUGAAGCAAGCCACGGCGAUAGCGUGCCACAUGGUCCGCGAGUGGGGCAUGAGUGAGAAGGUCGGCCUGCGCGCCCUGGAGCCGGCCCGCCCCGCGCUGCACAGCUCCGAGCAACUCGGGCCUUACACCAACGAACUGGUGGACGGCGAGAUCAAGAAGAUACUGUCAGACAGUUACGAGCGCGCCAAGGCGAUACUGCGCACUCACGCCAAGGAACACAAGGCAUUAGCAGAGGCAUUGUUGAAAUACGAAACUCUAGACGCAGAUGACAUAAAAGCUAUAAUGAACGGCGAAAAAAUCAAAGUGGAGCGCCACGGUCGGCCGAGCAAGGAACCUGCACCCAGCUCGGCGCCCGCAGCGCCCUCUGGCGCCGGACUACUGGGCACCCCACACCCGGCGCCCGCCUAG